UGGGCCGCGGCUCGGAGCAGAAGCGUCGCCCUGGCUGCGCGCUCACGUGGGUCCCAGCGCCGACGACCCGGCGAGGUCCGCGAAUCUUGGGUUAGGGUUUGUCAAGUCACCUCGAGCGACUCGGGGAGAACCCGGCUUUCCCACUAGGGGCGGUGAUCGCAGUCUCUUUCCUUUAGAAAGUUACUCCGACACUUUUGAUCAUCCGUCCAUAGUAAGGAGGAAAAAUAGAGAGCGUGGUUUGUCCCCGGGGAGGGAGUGUUGGAGGAUCCCGUCCAGUGGGAAGAGCCAGUUUUAGCGGAGCGGCGCGUCCAGCCCGCGGGCGCUUCAGCCGGGUAAAGGGUUAACUGCAUCCUGCCGAUUUGGUUUACAUGUAAAUAGAGCGCAGCUGCUCCGCUCGGCCCCGGCUGGCUCUUUUAAGUUUUUGAUUGGUUGCCAAUGACAUCACCGCCCGUGUUAUAACAUCGAGGACCCAGAGCCGCGUCGGAUAAGCCCUCCUUAAGGAGACGAGGCCACGCCUUCUUCCCCGCCCCCUAGGCUGCCCAUUGGCCGCAGGGCUCUGUGAGGUAGCGGUCGGCUUUCCCCGGAAUUUUAUUGGUCCAACGCGCCGUCGGUCGGCGGCGGGCCCGCCCCCUCAGAACCUUACAUUUACAGUGUAGCAAAAGAGAAAGUAACUAUGUUGCUGCUGGAGAUCAAUGAAGCCGAGUGAAUGGGGGCUGAAUGCGCGAGUCCAUAGCUGAAGCGGAGCGCCAGAUGGUGGAGGGCUACACUUAUUUAUGAAACUGUCUUGAGUUCUUCUUGAAUUGCCAGUUUUCAGCCUCCUCAUGCCUCCGUCUCCUUUAGACGACAGGGUAGUAGUGGCACUGUCUAGGCCCGUCCGACCUCAGGAUCUCAACCUUUGUUUAGACUCUAGCUACCUUGGCUCUGCCGCCCCAGGCAGUGACAGCCACCCUCCUGUCAUCGCCACCACCGUUGUGUCCCUCAAGGCUGCGAAUCUGACGUAUAUGCCCUCAUCCAGCGGCUCUGCCCGCUCUCUGAAUUGUGGAUGCAGCAGUGCCAGCUGCUGCACUGUGGCAACCUACGACAAGGACAAUCAGGCCCAAACCCAAGCCAUCGCCGCUGGCACCACCACCACUGCCAUCGGAACCUCUACCACCUGCCCUGCUAACCAGAUGGUCAACAAUAAUGAGAAUACAGGCUCUUUAAGUCCAUCAGGUGGGGUGGGCAGCCCUGUGUCAGGGACCCCCAAGCAGCUAGCCAGCAUCAAAAUAAUCUACCCCAAUGACUUGGCAAAGAAGAUGACCAAAUGCAGCAAGAGUCACCUGCCGAGUCAGGGUCCUGUCAUCAUUGACUGCAGGCCCUUCAUGGAGUACAACAAGAGUCACAUCCAAGGAGCUGUCCACAUUAACUGUGCCGAUAAGAUCAGCCGGCGGAGACUGCAGCAGGGCAAGAUCACUGUCCUAGACUUGAUUUCCUGUAGGGAAGGCAAGGACUCUUUCAAGAGGAUCUUUUCCAAAGAAAUUAUAGUUUAUGAUGAGAAUACCAAUGAGCCAAGCCGAGUGAUGCCCUCCCAGCCACUUCACAUAGUCCUCGAGUCCCUGAAGAGAGAAGGCAAAGAACCUCUGGUGUUGAAAGGUGGACUCAGUAGUUUUAAGCAGAACCAUGAAAACCUCUGUGACAACUCCCUCCAGCUCCAAGAGUGCCGGGAGGUGGGGGGCGGCGCAUCUGCGGCUUCGAGCUUGCUACCUCAGCCCAUCCCCACCACCCCUGACAUCGAGAACGCUGAGCUCACCCCCAUCUUGCCCUUCCUGUUCCUUGGCAAUGAGCAGGAUGCUCAGGACCUGGACACCAUGCAGCGGCUGAACAUCGGCUACGUCAUCAACGUCACCACUCAUCUUCCCCUCUACCACUAUGAGAAAGGCCUGUUCAACUACAAGCGGCUGCCAGCCACCGACAGCAACAAGCAGAACCUGCGGCAGUACUUUGAAGAGGCUUUUGAGUUCAUUGAGGAAGCUCACCAGUGUGGGAAGGGGCUUCUCAUCCACUGCCAGGCUGGGGUAUCCCGCUCCGCCACCAUCGUCAUUGCUUACUUGAUGAAGCACACUCGGAUGACCAUGACUGAUGCUUAUAAAUUUGUCAAAGGCAAACGACCAAUUAUCUCCCCAAACCUUAACUUCAUGGGGCAGUUGCUGGAGUUCGAGGAAGACCUAAACAAUGGUGUGACACCGAGAAUCCUUACACCAAAGCUGAUGGGCGUGGAGACGGUUGUGUGAUGAUGGUCUGGAUGGGAAGGAUUCCUGUUCUCCAUUAGGAGACAAUAAGGAAGGAGGAUGGAUUCUGGUUUUUUUCUUUUCUUUUUUUUUUUUUUUUAGUUGGGAGUAAAGUUUGUGAAUGGAAACAAACUUGUUUAAACACUUUAUUUUUAACAAGUGUGAGAAGACUAUAACUUUUGAUGCCAUUGAGAUUCACCUCCCACAAACUGACAAAUUAGGGAGGUUAAAGAAGUAAUUUUUUUAAACCAACAAUAAAAAUGUAAUACAACUCGUUUCUCCCCCUUUUCCUUUUAAGCUAUUUGUAGAGUUUAUGACUAAAUAGUCUGUGCAGGUUCAUAGACCGAAGAUACUACACACUUUAAACCAAUUAAAAAGAACCAAAAGUAAAUAGAAAAGACAUUGAAUCACCAAGGCCUGGGGUCCUCCUGGGCUGUCCACAUAGAAAACAAAAACCUACCAAACCAGGCCCUGUUGUGCUCACUGGUGCAAAGAGAAAAUCAGGGCAGCUUAAGUGGUCUAAGAAUCCUUCAGGCAUUCUUUAAAGAGACAAAGGAUAUCUGAUUUUGUGUGUUUCAUGCUCUGGAUUUUUUUUUUUUUCCUUCUCUGUGUUUAAGAGAUUUUUUUUUUUUUUUUUAAUAGUAAGGAACUGACCAUUAUACCGUACGCCUUCACUGGCUUCCUGUGCAAUAAUAUGAUGUUUUAAGUGUGCAAACAAGUUAGAGCUGGCAGCUGAAUGAUAGACAAAUAUUGCAAAUUUGCCAGCUUGGAGAUAGAAAGGAAUUCAACAAUAUAUCAGUUACUUUCCUUCCCACCUUUUUCCUUUUUUUUUUUUUUUCUUUGAUUUGAUUCUGGUUACAGUACCAUAAACCUUGUUACAUAUGUAUAUCAGAAUGUAAGAAAAAAAGAAAAAAUUAUUUAAAAAUAUUUUUCGCAAAAAAAAAAAAAAUCUUGGUGUGUUUCUGUUGAUUGUGUAAAAUUUUAUUUUCAUUAUAUAAAUGAAACUGGU